GCGCUGCUGGAGCUGACGCCGCACCGGAUGGCGGUGUGCCACCUCGUGCAGGUCUUCGCGCCGCAGCAGGAGGGGGGCCCCGCCACGCCGCCCUUCCCCUUCGAGUCCGUCGCCCACCACAACCGCCUCGGCCUCUUCCUCUUCUCCCUCACCCGGUCUUGCGAGGAUUUUCUGGAACCGCCACUGGAAGAGCUUUUAAGGCAGUUGAAGGCGGUAGAUGAUUUAGUCAAUGGUUGGCUCUGUGAGCAGUUGACAACCACGCUGUCAGGGCUUAUCUCACCGGACGAUUUGUUCAACUUCUUUGAUAAGCUACGAGGGGUGCUCACUUCACCAGAGGGUGCAAGUGUGGAGGACGAAUUCCUGGACCCUAAUAGCCAGCUUGGGGUUUAUCUUCGUUGCUGUAUACUUGCCUUCAAUUCAAUGACUUUCGAGGGCGUCUGCCAUCUGUUGUCAAAUCUUGUGGCGUACUGUAACUCCGCUGAGACACCUUAUGAUCUGGCCGAAGAUGAGGAUUUUAACAGUGAAAUGGAAAUGAGUGACCUGAUGGAUGCAGAUAUAGGUGUUAGAGCUGGCGUAUUUGACAAAUACGGUCAAGGUUAUGCCACUGAGAGCCAUAUGGGGGAGAGCUCUUCGUCUUUUGUCCAUGCACCAAUCUCACUCCAUGAUUUUGAUGAAGACAAUAUUUUCAAAGCAGAUGAGAAUCCAACUUGUCUGAGAUCAAGGUGGCAAUUAGAGGCAUAUCUUAACCAGCAAGCAGACAUUCUUGAGAAGGAUCCCAGCUCGGUGCCUUUGAAUUCAUUUAAUGCCACCAUGACGCAGCUUCAGACAUUAGCCCCAGAGCUUCAUCGUGUCCAGUUCUUGCAACACUUGAAUGCUCUGAGCCAUGAUGACUAUGUUUCAGCAUUAGACAAUCUUCACCGCUACUUUGAUUACAGUGCAGGGCAAGGACUUUUUAGUCGCUCUUUGUCUGCAAACCAAGAUAUUAUUGUUGGAAAGUAUGAGAGUGCUCUGCUUUCCUUAGGCAGCUUGCAUUGUUACUUUGGACAUCCAAAGAAAGCCCUAGAGGCAUUCACGGAAGCAGUGCGUGUUUCUCAAAUGAACAAUGACGAUUCCUGCCUUGCAUAUAUAUUAGGAGCCAUCUCCAAUCUACUAUCAAAGAUAGGCACAUCAAGCACAGUCGGAAUAAUUGGUUCUCCAUAUUCACUUGGAAACAAUUCUGGACUAGGCACGCCGUUGUCCAUUCAGCAGCAGCUGCUUGUUCUGUUGAAGCGGUCGCUUAAGAGAGCUGAUAUGUUGAAACUUACAAGCUUAAUAUCCUUCGAUCACAUCUCCCUUGCAAAAUUUGAUCUGAAGCAUGUCCAGAGGCCAUUGGUGUCUUUUGGCCCUAAUGCUUCUACAAAGCUUAGAACAUGUCCUGCCGAUGUCUGCAAGAACUUAAGAUUAAGUUCCCACGUCUUGUCCGACUUUGGCACAGGUGACUUGUCAACUUCACAUGAUAAUGGUAGCUUCAGCACCUCGUGGCUUAGGAAUCUGUCCGCUGCUUCCAGUUCCUGGUGUAGCAGCUCGGCAAAGCCUGGAAAACAAAUUGUAAAUGACUUUGACAAUUUCCACUUCAAUGCACAACCAAGUCCAAUACCUACAUCAGUAUUGCAAUUAGCCGGCUCAGCGUACUUGAUGAGAGCCACUGCAUGGGAGCAUUAUGGAAGUGCUCCGAUGGUUCGAAUGAAUGCUUUGGUCUAUACAACCUGCUUUGCUGAUGCUGCAAGUUCAUCAGAGCUGUCACUAGCAUACGUCAAGCUAAUUCAACAAUUAGUAGUCUUCAAAGGGUAUUCUGUGGCUUUUGGUGCUCUAAAGCUUGCCGAAGAGAAAUUUCCAUCCUCGACGAAUCCACACAUCCAGCUUCUCAAAAUGCAAUUGCUACAUGAUCGUGCCCUGCAUCGAGGACACUUGCGAGUUGCGCAACAAAUCUGCGAUGAAUUUGGGGUGCUCUCAUCUUCUGUCAGUGGAGUAGACAUUGAGCUGAAGACUGAAGCUAGUCUACGGCAUGCCCGCACGCUACUUGCUGCAAAACAGUUUAGCCAGGCAGCAGUCGUGGCGAAUUCUCUUUUCUCUACAUGCUACAAGUACAACAUGCAAGUAGAGAAUGCAAGUGUUCUUCUAUUACUCGCUGAAAUACAUAAAAAGUCCGACAAUGCAGUCCUUGGCCUUCCUUACGCAUUAGCAAGCCAAUCAUUCUGCAAAUCAUUUAACUUGGAUCUCCUUGAAGCUUCUGCCACGCUUACUCUUGCUGAACUGUGGCUAGCUCUUGGAUCAAACCAUGCGAAGAGGGCAUUAAGCCUUGUUUACCAAAGCCUUCCUAUGAUUCUUGGCCAUGGUGGUCUUGAGCUGCGUGCUCGAGCUCAUAUAGUCUUAGCAAAAUGUUACUUAACUGAUCCAGAAUAUUCAGUUUCCGAAGAUCCUUGUGCUGUUCUGGAUCCUCUAAGCCAAGCGGUGGAAGAUCUGCAGGUUUUAGAGUACCAUGAUAUGGCGGCGGAGGCCUACUAUCUGAAGGCUAUGGCGUAUAACCAUCUGGGCAAGGAGGGCGAGAGGGAGGAGGCAGCGGCUCGUUUCAAGGAGCAUGUCACCGCCAUCGAGAACCCACGCGACGAGGAGGCUUCACUCGCUUACUGAGGUAGUCAGGCUGCACAGUUGAGCGCUAGACUGCAAGAUACGCCCUGGUACAAGCAUGUAUGGCCAGCAGCAAGACAGCAGAAGGUGGAUAAACAGAUGCGAUGUUUGCUUGGUCUGCCUGAUCUCAAGGCUCUAUCCAUGGCUUCCUCACAAGCUGCCUCGUCUGUGUGUAAAUGAGUACCUUGGGAUGCACGCUGGCUGAAGCUUUACACAGUAUGAGAGCGCAAAAUGUUGUGUUGAUGAUCUGAUCGUAGAUCGUACGGAGACAAGUUGUGUCACUGGCUGCUAGUCUCGUCUGGUGACAGAUGAAGGGAUUGGCGUGUUUGUGUAAGUAUAGGAGAUUCCUGGGUCCUGGUACUCGAUGGAGAGAUAGGUGCAUAUCUGUCUGGCAGCAUAUCCGGCGGCAGCAAAUCUGAUGGACCUACUUGUGUUCUAUGCUGUGUGUAGUGAAAAUUCCUUGGAAUUUAGAUCCUAUUUUUUUUUCUUCUUUUCCUCUCGUUUUUGUUUGUCAGAGUUUCCAGAUCAUCUACUCCAGAUGAAAAUUAUAUACAUGUUUCAGUUGUAAUGGAAGUUUGAGAUGUUAUACAUUUUGA